UCCGUGAUUUUGGUUGUUGAAAAAUCGACUUUGCCAGGGAAACGGCUGUGGCAAUGGCAGCGAUUAACGCGAGAAAAUGACGAUUCUUUGGAAGAGCCGAUAAGGAUCGAUCGGACAGCACCGCGUGACAAGAAGACAAGGGACAGGAUGAGUAUCGUGCCGAUCGCGAACAGGAGUUUCCUCCACGGAGAACGGAAGGCAUCCGCGACUUCGGAGAGAAUACUCUACGCAACUCUCGAUAGUCUAGCUUUGAAGGGGGCGACGUUGCCUCUGCAGCUGUUGCCCAUCAACGACGAUAACGUUGCGACCGAACGAAAGAACGAGUCGAAGAGUAAAGGGAAAAACCGUGCCGAGGCGACUGCGAAGAGAUCCGGCCUCAAGGUCGACGUUGAAACGGCGAGUGUCGCGACUGUUUCAUUGAAACAGCACGCAAAGUGUUUCACAAUGGUUGCGUCGCCCUCGUCGUCGUCGAAGCCAGACUCGCAGGAAACGUUGACAACCACCCCGAUCGAGAGUCCUACCUCCGUUGUUGAGCAACAAACUCGCAACGAAGAUAUCGCUUGUUUACCGCGCGUCUGCAUCGAUAACAGCGACACCGAUGUUACAUCGAUAAGAACCACCGGAGAAGGAACCGAUAGCAGAGAGAUUGCGCGUGAUUCCAAUCAUUGCUCGAACGAUGGGAAUGCAGCCUCGUUGAAUUCCAGGGAUGAGUUGGACGAUUACGAGAGAAUAGAAUACGUGCUUGGUACGUUGGACGGGUGUUGGAAAGAAGAAGCGAACGAAGAUGACAAAAAUCCUGGCCCCGUGGACCAGGAGACCGCCUCUUGGUGCAGGAAAAACGUGUUUGUCAAGUCAAAGUCUACCAACGAUUUAGCCAGCAGAAGGAGCGACUCGGACGCGAGACUGCUGGAUGGAAAGUCUUUGAUGGGAACGUUCUCGGACGGGGAAUUGGCGGAGAGAUUUCUCCUCGGUAACGAGUUGCCAAACUGUGAAAAGAAAAAGAGACAUUUCGCGAGGAACAUUGUGCUGCACUUCGUGCCGGAGUAUCUGGCAAGGGGGCAGAAAGGGAAGAAAAGGCAGAAGGGGAAGGAUAUUUCCAGUCGAUCGUUGAACUCUCUCAAAGCUUCGUCGUUGAUGGACUCAAAGAUCGAGAUAGUCGAGAGUCCCGAUGGCAGAUACAGAUCGAGGAGUCCUUCCCGGGAAGAGUUGAAGUACUUGAAGAUCUCCUCGCCGACAAAUUUCGUCCACGUCGCGUCUGCCACGAAUCCGAAUCUCGUGUUGAACGAAAACACUAUCGGAUUCAGUCUGGAGCAAGUGGUGAUCAUGCACGAGCAAAAGUGUGCCACGUUGCCUCUUCUGGUCGCGACGAGCCGCGAGGAUUCGAUGGCUGAGAAACAAGUCGGACAACAACCGUCAUCAUGGUCGUCCUCGUCAUCGAUAUCUUUCGACACGGCGUCGUCAAUCGUUCGCAAGCCGAAGGAGAAAGUCACGCAAAGGAGCAACGCCUCUUUCAACCUUGAACACCUGAAACGGGAAUUACUGUCCGAGUUGCAAGCACGAUCGGCAAAAGUGUUGGAGUUGAGCCAGCAGGUGAAAACAAGCGAAUACAAUCAGGCGAACGUACAACUCGGCGAAUUAACGUGCGAGUCGUGUGCCGAAUUACCUGUCAAUUCCAGUUUUCUUUGGAGCGAUCGGACCAAGAACUUCCUCUUGGAAAAUAUGCGAUCCACUCCCGAUGAAAGUGUUGAAAACAUCGAAUGUAGCAUCGUAGACCAAGUGUACGAUGACGUGGGACCCGUGAAUCUGAUCAACCAGAACGAUUACGACGACGUGGGCACACCUGUGUUACAUGUCGAUGAAAGUCAUAUCAGCGAGCUGUCGGCUGCUUUCCAAGAUUCCAACGACAUCUACGACGACGUGAUGGGCCCAAGCUGUGCGGAAGACGCGUGUACAAGUAACGAGGCUGAAAUUUGUGACAGCAAAGCGAAGCAAGGAAGUAACGAGCCAUCCGUCGCCAAUGAAUAUUCCAGCGUAGAUGAAGAUAUCGACGUUGCGUCGAGUAACGACCAGGACGUGUACGACGACGUUGGUUUACCGAGCGAAGAGCGAGUCAAUAGUCUUUAUACCGGCUCUACGAUGGGCUCGAUUUUAGGGCCGAGUUGGACCUGCGGUAAAGAAUCCGAGUGGGAGGAUCUGGAGGAUUCAACGACGAUCGGUUUAUCUCAAUUUGAAAGCAAGUACUAUACCUGCACAGAGGCGCAAGUCGUUCCGAAUAAAAGAAAGUCGGGCCAAAGAUGGUCCCAGAUGAUGAGGAGACAACGAUCCAGAAUGUCGAGGAAAAAUUCCAAUUCGUCGUCGAAACCGGUUUCCUGCGAAUCCAUGCUUCACGUGGCUGUGAGCCUUGGCAAAGGAUCGGUGUUGCUCGUCGGCUGUACGGAGAAUGUCGUGGAAUGGAGGAAAGAAGAAGAGAGCGACGAUCGAGCGGCGCAGCAAGAUUCACAGAGGACGCAGGGCCUCGUCCAGAUGAGGGUCAUCGAUCUGGACGAAGACGUGGACACGCAGGAAACAUCGUGCUACGUUCACGAAGACGACACAUCUGACGACAGCACGUACGAGAGCCUCCAUUCCUUCCAGCCGGACGACUUCUGCACAGAUUCGGAAACGGAGACGACGAUGAACGAGGCAACGAGGGAGCGAGAGAGCGAAACUGCCGAGGCGGAACAGAAGGUGGCGAUCGAUUCCGAUCGAUUGAUCGCGUAUUUGGAAGCACCCACGAGGCCGAAUCCUCCGCCACCGCGUGAAGUCAGUUUGACUCGAACUCUCGGCAGAAGGAUAAAGAUGCUCCGGAGGACCUGGAGCAUCACCAAAGGAAGCCUGGGCCGGAUGCGAAAGAAGACGACGGCCGACGACGAUCACACCUGCGAAGACAACAAAGAAUUCUCCAACGUUCACUCGAACGUGGACGGUGGACGAUACUUUGGUUUCGCCAGACACUUUAAAAAGUCCGUUACUGGACCUUUCUCUACUUUUUAUUUGAGCGACUAUGCCGAUUCUGCGAACGGUAACAACGAUUCACCGACGUCGAACGUGGAGCCAAUGUACAGCAAUACCAACGAUGAGAUGGAUCACUACAGCGUGCUUGCCGAUCAGGAACCACUUUAUCAAUUUUACGCGGCAGCUGCUGCCAGGAUUGCGUCCGACUUCAGCUCGGAUGGUUACGAGGAGAUCGAGACUACGAUCCCGUCACGAUCCACCACAGACCUGGUGAAACCCGGCCACAGAACGUUGUGGUGCCAAACACCGCAAGUCAUCAAUAAUAGUCUUUUACAACGAUUAAGCACGGACGAAAGGAAGGUUCAAGAGGCAAAGUUCGAAAUUCUCACCUCCGAAGCGUCCUACCUGAAUUCUCUUCGUGUCUUGAAGAACGAGUUCCUCGACGAAACCUCUUUCAACGAGUUCUUAACUCCGGCCGAGAGAGACAAACUGUUCGGUGGUAUUCCUGGCGUGUUGCAAGCGUCGGAACAGUUUUUAGCCGAACUGGAAACUGUAUGGAGACAGGAUCCGAUGUUGCACGGUUUGCCAGACGUCCUGUUCAAGUAUGCCGAGAAAUGUUUGGACAUUUACGUGGCAUAUUGUUCCAAUCAAGUUAGCAUAGACACGACUCUUAAAAAUUUGAGAAUGCGAAAAGGUUCGAAAUUUACAGAAACGGUAUCGCAAAUAGAAGCACGCUCUACCUGUCAAAGUUUGUCUUUGCACUCAUUUUUAAUGUUACCGAUGCAGCGAAUAACCAGACUUCCUUUGUUGGCUGAUGCGGUUCUUUCUAAACUACCAAUAGAACACGAUGACAGAUCACACUGGGAAAAAGUUUUGUCGAAUUUAAGUUACGUCGUCGCAGAAUGUAACGAAGGUGCCAGUGCCGCAGCUAAGGAAAUCGAAAUGGAAAAUUUAACGAGAAAAUUGGAGUAUUCCGCGAAAAUUAAACCGAUAGCAUUGAAAGGGAAGCAUUUGGUUAAAAGUGGAUCAGUCGUGCAACUAUCGACGAAAACUGACACGGAAUAUAAGCUUACGUUUGGGAAAAGAUUCAACAAAACUCCUCUUUAUUUAUUAUUGCUCACGGAUCUUCUUCUAGUCGCAAAACAAAAGUCCAAUAUUCACGACGAAACAUAUACCGUUAUAGACACUUGUAAGAGAAGUUUAAUCACUUUAGAACCAGUUCCUGAAGACUCGAUCUUUGCUGGACGCAACGCGAUGCUCUUGACUCUCUUGGAAAAUUAUUCGGGGCAUCAGGUCGAGUAUAUAUUAACGUGCGAAAGCGAUACUGAAAGACAAAGGUGGUUGGAAGCAGUAUCACCUUCGCAACACGGAUUACCAGAAGAGACUCUUUACGAGGUGUGGGAUUGUCCUCAAGUUGUAGCUUUAUAUUGUUAUUCUCCGAACCAACCGGACGAAUUGUCGUUGCAUCCAGGUGAUGUUAUAAACGUAUUUAGAAAAAUGUCGGACGGAUGGUAUCAAGGAGAGAAAUUGUUAAAUGGUGAACAGGGCUGGUUUCCUGGAAAUUAUACGAAAGAGGUCGCUUCGGAACAUGUUCGCGCGAAAAAUCUUAAACAAAGACAUCGUUUUCUUGCGCUAAAUGGGAACGUAUUGCAACGAAGAGCAAAACAACAAUCGGCCAUUCAUUAAAUGAAUGAUAAUUAAGUUAUGAAUUAUUAAUUUAUGUAAUUUUUAAUAAAUCAAUCGUCACGAUA